AUGAAGUUUCUAGUUGCUGUUCUCAUUUUCAUAAAUAUCUUCUUCAAGGAGACCGACCAGUAUCUUCACAUUUUUGACAGAGAUGAAAUAUGCAGUGAUGCAGAAAAUGCCGAUGAAUUAACCUAUGAAUUCGAUGGGGAUGAGUUAGGUUACAUUGAUUUCAAGAAAAAGGAAGGAAUAAGCACACUGCCAGAUUUUGCCGACCCAAUUGACUUUGCAUAUUACGAGUUCGCCCUCGCUGAAAUGGCAGCCUGCAAGGUUCAACUGGAAAGAGCAAAAUAUGGCUUUAGGAAACCACCUGAACAAAUGGAUCCACCACAGACCACUCUUUAUCCCACAAAUGAGGUGAAACUGGGUUUAGUAAACACAUUUAUCUGCUAUGUGACUGGAUUCUAUCCCCCUCCUGUGAAAGUGACAUGGUCUAAAAACAAUGUGAAUGUGACUGAGGGUGUUAGUCUGAGUCGAUAUUCCUUCAACAGUGAUUACACCUUCACCCAGUUUUCAACCCUCACAACGACACCCGUGGCAGGAGAUGUCUACAGCUGCACUGUGGAACACAAGGCCCUCCAGGAGCCUCAAACCAGGUUUUGGGAUACUGAUGUUGAUGAAGUGAAUGCUGCUCAACCCUGUAUUGGUCCAACUGUAUUCUGUGGAGCAGGACUUGUCUUAGGAAUUCUUGGACUGGCAACUGGAAUAUUUUUCCUUGUAAAAGGAUACAAAUGCCCUUGA